CACUUACCUACAUAAUUAAAACACACACACACACACACACACACACACAGAGAGAGAGAGAGAGAGAAAAAAAAAGAAAAAGAAAGAGAUGUCCGAUGACGAAGACUACUUCCUUCCCGUUGAAGACCAACGAGUCUUCGGCGCUGGAAUCCGCCGCAAGCGCGUCCCGUUCGUUCGUUCCUCAGAGCAUGAGCUCAACACCACCAAUGCCACCACCAAUGCCACCACUACAGCACCAAACACAGGGAUACCAGGGCCAAGUAUAGCGGAUAAAUAUUUGUCUAUUGUUAUGCCGAAGGGCAUGACCAGCGAUAGCACGAGGACCACCGCAGAACAACAACCAGCGAUAUGCGAAGUCUGCAAUCUCCCUUUAUACCCCAGUUCAACGACGACAACGACGACAACGACGACAAUAGAUGACAGCCAUGAAAAACCCCACGAAAGCUCCCUUGCGCACCAAAUCUGUCUCACACAUUCCCAUCCCCCCUCCCACCUCGACCGCACCCGCCAAGGCCUCCGCUACCUCUCGUCCUACGGCUGGGACCCCGAUAGUCGAGUUGGACUGGGCGUGCCAGGGCGAGAGGGUAUCCGGGAACCUAUUAAGGGGCGGUUAAAAGCUGAUACGAUGGGAUUGGGAGCUGACGGUGAUAGUGAUGACGAAGAAAGCGGGGGGAAGAUAGGGCUGAAGAGGAAGGCGAGGGAGAAGAAGGCUGAGAAGAGUAGACCGGCGAGGGUAGAGAAGUUGAAUGCGAAGGAGGUUCGGAGGGGGGAUUUGGAGGCCAGGAGGAGGGGGGAAAAACUGAAGGAGAUGUUUUAUCAGAGGGAGGAUGUGCAGAAGUAUCUGGGGUAACUUGUGUUGCGUUUCUUUUAACAGUGAUACCCCGGUUUUUUAUAGAUCAAGUUAUUAAAGAUUAAGAAGUUGGUUUCUCUUGCCUGCAACUAUGACCAUAGAAUAUAGAACCAAUGUACAAAAUGAACAGCGCCGUCAGA